CUAAUUUCCUAGUAUCGAAAUCUCUUUGAAAACAGUGUAUUAUGGGAAACGAUAACAGAAGUAGUUAUUUGCUCUAAGAUUCUACUAAGAUCAGAAAUGGACAUAUUAAAGGCAGAAAUAGAGAGAAAAAAACGACAGUUAGAAAACAGUAACAUUUUGGCACCAAACAAGAAAUAUUUUAAGAGGGGUGAUUUAGCAGCUAAGCAAGCAGAGGAAUAUUGGAAAAAACACAGCAAUAUCCAAGAAGAGGUUACGGAAGAAAAGGAAAGCAAAGAAAAUGACACUGAAGCUAAGAGAAUAGAAGAAAAGAAAAUUGAAUUACUUCCAAGGAAAGAUGUGAUACGAAAGCUAAGAGAGCGAGGUGAGCCUAUUAGACUGUUUGGUGAAACUGACUCUGAUUCUUACCUUCGGUUGAAGAAACUGGAAACACAGGAGCCUGAUCAGAGGGCUCAUCGUGGUGGCAACGACUUCAAAGAUGCCAUGGACCAGGUGGAUCUUCAGUAUUUAAAUGAGAUUAUUAAGUCAACUGGUGGACAGACAAUAUCCAAUGACGUGUCUAUUAAAGAUGAUGGAACCACAGAGGAUGACAUACCAAAAAUGAGAAAAGAACUUGGAGCAGGAGAUCCUGGCCAAGACCAGAAAAUUAUGCUGAGUUUUUUUAAGUAUGUUAUAAAGAUGUGGGGUAAAUCUCUGAAUGAAAGGCCUGAAGAAGAAAAACGCACAACGAAGGGAAAGACGCAGAGUGCUCAUCACACGCAGACAGUGGGCUAUCUCAAACCAUUGUUCAGAAAACUCAAAAACAAGAAUGUUGAUGAAGACAUUUUGGAGAGUUUGGUUAUGAUAGUGCAGCGUUUAAUGGAUCGAAAUUAUUUGAAGGCUAAUGAUGCAUAUCUCGAAAUGGCUAUUGGCAAUGCUCCUUGGCCAAUUGGUGUUACUAUGGUUGGAAUACACGCCCGUACAGGUCGAGAAAAGAUUUCUUCAAGAUAUGUAGCCCAUGUUCUCAAUGACGAAACACAAAGAAAAUACAUUCAGGGUUUGAAAAGACUGAUGACACAGUGCCAAAAAGUGUUCCCAACAGAUCCGUCAAGAAGUUUCAUGUACGAGAGGAAGUCAAUUGUUUAGUGUUGGUGACAGUUACUAAAUACUCCACACUACUGUAAAUCAAUCAUCCAGGGAACACAGGGAUGAUAUGGCUAUGUAUUUUGGGUGAUGGUGACACUAUCACAGGAAGAUGAACGGAGCCCCAGCCAGCGUGUUAUUAUAAACAGAGAGAAUAUGUAUAGUUGGUAACCCAUUUCCAACCUGGGUUGCUUCAUGCUCAUAUAUCUUAAGCAAUAGUGAGCUGCAUAAAAUGAUUUCAAGUGUUGUAGCAUAUGUGUAAUGAUAAUAGCAGCUGUUCAUUAUUGGGGUGGAAAAACCCAUAAAUAUAACAAAUAAUGGCUUUCAAAUACUUAAGAAAACGAAGUCAUAAACUCAGUCAUUUUAAAAUGGAGAAUUCGGUUCCAUGAUGCACAAGCGGCAUCAUUUUAUUGGUAAAUAAUUUGAUAUGUAGCUUGGCAACAGAAUAUGGCAGGCAUAGGAGGUAGCUCAGUUGGUAGUGUUUAUAUGAGGUGCAAGUGUGUGCUGUCCUGUCGUAUUGUAGGAAAAUACAUGUAAAGAGUUGUCAGAAUUAUCAAAUGUUUGACAUUCAUUGACUGAUAAUCAAUUCAUCAGUGUGCUCUACUGGUGGUGUUAAACAAUAAAAACUUUACUUUGGCAACAAAACUGCCAUCAUGAUGAGAUGGGUGAUGCCAAGUUCUCCUAAUUAAUUUCUCAUCCAUUAAAAUGUUUGCCCAGUCUUUUUGACAGAUCAAAGGUGAAACAGUUGGAUAAAAAAGACAUUUGUUUUUGGCCAGUCUUGCAAACAGGAGAAUAUGUAAUGCUGGUGUCAUACUACCAACUGCCUGCAGAAAGUUGGCCAACUUUUUGCCGUCACCACUUCUAUGACUGUCCAGUUGCUAGUCUGAGCACUCUUACAAGUCAAUUUUCAUCAUAUGACCCAUUAGUUAAUGUACUUUCUGCUGGCAGUUUGUAGCUUAGCAUAACAGCUUAUGAAGUUGAAUAUACAUUUUCUCACAAGAAAAGUGCUGGGACACAACUGUAAUUUUGUAGCUUAAAAACGUAUUCCAUUUGUAUAUAAAUGCUAGUAGUAAAUAAAAUUUGAAUUUAUUAA